AUGGCAACGAGCGGCAAACGAGCGGCUUUGGAUGAGGCCGAUCCCGAGGGGAGAAGCACCGCGCCUCGCGCCAAAUAUGCCAAACGUCGAGCCUCGAUGAUUCCCGAAGCGUCGUCCAUUCAGGUGCCCGACUUUGUGCCACCACAAGAGGCCAAACGCCUGUCCAAUAUAUUGCGGAAGCGCAAUAUUCUGAUUGCCGACAACUCGCUCCGCGAGACUGUGGUCGGCUCGAUUCACGGUCACACGCUUCCCGACAAGAAGAAGAUUUUCCGCUGGUCCCAGGCCUGUGGUUUUGACCUCUUCAUUGUCGCUGCAUUGGGCCAUGAUUGGCGUGUGGAGGAUGAUUGGCUCGCAUGGCUCUUCGACACUUACCAUCAUCGCGAACGCCCUUCUCCAACUACUCCCGCUCUCACGGCUCGCGCGGGCUCCAAUCCAAGCGCCCACUCCGAUACCUCUACGCAGCUCACACAACUACCCGUUGUGCAGUCUGCCAGCGACAGCUUGAGCAAUGCCCAAACCUCCCACCUAGCCCCAGUCAUGGAAGAAAACCCGCUCUCGCGUUGCUUUGCCUUUUGCGAUUUGGCCGAUGCCAUUGCACCUGAUGGUACCAUGACCCUGGGCGCGGAGGACCGGUACGGUGAUCACGUUUCCAGCACCUUGGCUAAGCUGGAGAAGUACCACGUGCGCAACAUUAUUAUUGAGAUUGACCUGGGCGCCAUUCGCACCGACGCCUACCGACACGCACACCCGUCCGAGUUCUCAGAAGGAACAGGGCCCAACGAGUCUGAGAGCAUCAUUGCCCGCCACUAUCUGAGCCAGCUCCUCAACCUGCUCGAUAACGUCGUCUUUCGUCACAUGGCCCCCUCCACGCUGGUCAUGCUCAAUCUGCGCGACUUCCCCGUGGCCAUGCAUCGUUGCCCCCAGCGCGUGCUGGCUUUCGUGGCCCUCGUUGCAUGCCUCGAAUCCAGUCGCCGGCCAAUCGGUCUCAUGUUCGAGGACCCCAUUGGUGCGUACCCUCCCGCCGAUCUCGAGCUCCUGACCCAGAAGCUACGCGAGACCAUGGACUGCAACGGCUGGCAUAGCGGCUGGCAAGCCCAGCCUCGCGCCUAUGAUGGCCUUCUUCUUGCCCACGUGCACGAGCAAUGGGGCAUGGCCGACCUGGCCCAGUUGUAUGCUGUUGCUGGUGGUGCCGACGGCGUUUGGUGCAGUGCCGCGGCCGAGGGCGCGGCCGUGGGCCAUGCCAGCUCCACCGUGCUACUGGCCAACCUCAUGCGCCUUGGCAACACAGACGUCACGCGCUAUAACCUGCCUGCCAUCCUCCCAGCCGCGCGCCAAGUGACACGCCUCACCAUCGAGCAGAGAGUACCAGUACGACAGGUGGUCUAUGGCAGUGCAGCCCUAGACGCGCCAUUUGCAUUUGGCAACAUUGCUGGUGGUACAGGAUAUGACCAGGACGUGGAUUGGAACGGCGAUGGCCAGCAUGAUGCUUUAGAUCAAAUGACAGCGGCGAGCUUUUUUGGUCUUCAGCCACCCGUGCGCAUCACCGAGCUGAGCCCGCCGGCCGAUUAUCUCACUCGCUGUAUCGAGAUUUUUGGGCAAUACCCGCUCUUUAGCGACCCUCAAUUUGGCGACAACCUCAGCAAGCAUGCCCAGCAGGAGGUUCGGGAACACGAGCAGGACCAGCGUGGACUUGAGUUCAGUACACCGCGCUCCAUGGCUCAGCUCGUGGUGGCCACCCUGGAGGCUCCGCCUUAUGACUUCUCGGCUACCAGCCCCAACCCCGAGGCGCCAGGCUACGAGGAGUACCAGUUGGCACGCGAACUUGCGCUCAAUGGCCCUGCACAUCACGGGCAGAAUCAAAGCCUGCAGCUCUUGCAGGAUGCGCAGGCCUACUUUGUGCGCUGUUGCAAGGAGUUGGACCCCAAUCGCUUUCAGGCUUGUCCUGGCAAGUGUAGCCUCAGUGUCUCAGCUUUUGUGCAGGGCUAUUUGUAUCCUCACUUUAGCGAGCGCCCAGCCUUCUCGCUGGCCACGCUUGGCUUUCUAUAUGACAACGUGGGCCAGACUGAUGUUGGCCAGUCAGCAGGCACCGCAUCCGCCUCUGCUCCCUCCGGGCCUCCACCCGAGACCUUGUCCCUAAACCUGAAUGAGUGGCUCCGUUGGUGCGACUACGUCCUGUACAGCAUGGACGUCUUUACGCUUCAGUCGCUGCACCUCGAAACGCUUCGUCGCGUGGUGCUCACGGUGCCGCGAACCGUGCACGAGCAGCAUGCCUUGAAGAAGUUUGAGAUUGACGCGCAAGCUUGGCGUGGAGACGAGUUUCGGCGCUACUGGCCCCGUGCCCAUGGCUCGCACCCCGUGUCCAAGAUUCAAGUUUCGCUCGAUACCAGUCAUCAUCGCGCACUGCCCGCAAGCACUUUGCCCAUCGACGUGGGUUUGGGGUCUGACAGCUACCUGCGCUGUGUGCGCGACAUGAGCAGCCCGGCCUUAUAA